CAUUCCCAUCACUUGGCUCUUCUCUGAUUUGAACUGGGCAGCAUCUAAAUGUAUCUUUCUUGAUUUUGUUGUCUCUUUGCAUAGAGCAUAUCUUGUGAAAACAGAAAUAUCCAUGUAAUGGUUUUUUCUUGUAGUGACCGCUCGAAAUUGCUUGAGCAACAUAGAGAUAAUGGGCAGGGGUCCCUGUGUGAAGCACCUAGAGGCUGGAAAGCCGAUGGCAAAGCUGGAGGGGUGAGGCAGGGAGAGGACAAACACAGUGGAAAUGCAGGAGGAAAGCUGUGCUCUGUGGUGGCCUAAUUACAAGGACCUGCCCUACAGCCAGAAUCAGCCAGCAAAUGCUUUUGUAAAGGAACUAAAAGAAAGGGAAAAGAGGAAGUAAACAAAAGGUCCCUUUUCAGAGAGGGAACCAGUGGGAGACUUAAGAGCAAGGAACAACCCAUUUCGUCGUUAUGGUAAGUGGAGAUUAUUCCUUGGGCCUGAAUGACUUGAAUGUUUCCCCGCCUGAGCUAACAGUCCAUGUGGGUGAUUCAGCUCUGAUGGGAUGUGUUUUCCAGAGCACAGAAGACAAAUGUAUAUUCAAGAUAGACUGGACUCUGUCACCAGGAGAGCACGCCAAGGACGAAUAUGUGCUAUACUAUUACUCCAAUCUCAGUGUGCCUAUUGGGCGCUUCCAGAACCGCGUACACUUGAUGGGGGACAUCUUAUGCAAUGAUGGCUCUCUCCUGCUCCAAGAUGUGCAAGAGGCUGACCAGGGAACCUAUAUCUGUGAAAUCCGCCUCAAAGGGGAGAGCCAGGUGUUCAAGAAGGCGGUGGUACUGCAUGUGCUUCCAGAGGAGCCCAAAGAGCUCAUGGUCCAUGUGGGUGGAUUGAUUCAGAUGGGAUGUGUUUUCCAGAGCACAGAAGUGAAACACGUGACCAAGGUAGAAUGGAUAUUUUCAGGACGGCGCGCAAAGGAGGAGAUUGUAUUUCGUUACUACCACAAACUCAGGAUGUCUGCGGAGUACUCCCAGAGCUGGGGCCACUUCCAGAAUCGUGUGAACCUGGUGGGAGACAUUUUCCACAAUGACGGUUCCAUCAUGCUUCAAGGAGUGAGGGAGUCAGAUGGAGGAAACUACACCUGCAGUAUCCACCUAGGGAACCUGGUGUUCAAGAAAACCAUUGUGCUGCAUGUCAGCCCGGAAGAGCCUCGAACACUGGUGACCCCGAUAGCCCUGAGGCCUCUGGUCUUGGGUGGUAAUCAGCUGGUGAUCAUCGUGGGAAUUGUCUGUGCCACAAUCCUGCUGCUCCCUGUUCUGAUAUUGAUCGUGAAGAAGACCUGUGGAAAUAGGAGUUCAGUGAAUUCUACAGUCUUGGUGAAGAACACGAAGAAGACUAAUCCAGAGAUAAAAGAAAAACCCUGCGAUUUUGAAAGAUGUGAAGGGGAGAAACACAUUUACUCCCCAAUAAUUGUACGGGAGGUGAUCGAGGAAGAAGAACCAAGUGAAAAAUCAGAGGCCACCUACAUGACCAUGCACCCAGUUUGGCCUUCUCUGAGGUCAGAUCAGAACAACUCACUUGAAAAAAAGUCAGGUGGGGGAAUGCCAAAAACACAGUAAGCCUUUUGAGAAGAAUGGAGAGUCCCUUCAUCUCAGCAGCGGUGGAGACUCUCUCCUGUGUGUGUCCUGGGCCACUCUACCAGUGAUUUCAGACUCCCACUCUCCCAGCUGUCCUCCUGUCUCGUUGUUUGGUCAAUACACUGAAGAUGGAGAAUUUGGAGCCUGGCAGAGAGACUGGACAGCUCUGGAGGAACAGGCCUGCUGAGGGGAGGGGAGCAUGGACUUGGCCUCUGGAGUGGGACACUGGCCCUGGGAACCAGGCUGAGCUGAGUGGUCUCAAACCCCCCGUUGGAUCAGACCCUCCUGUGGGCAGUGUUCUUAGUGGAUGAGUUACUGGGAAGAAUCAGAGAUAAAAACCAACCCAAAUCAUUCCUCUGACACAUUAUUUCUAAAUAAGUGUUGUUUGUGGAAAUCGUCUUAUUUUUAUGCCUCGGUUGAGGGGGCAAGUAAAGUCCUGGUGAGGAAUUUACAGUUAGAAACUUUUGGAAAAACUGAAGUUCCUGGAGGAAAGCCAAACCAUGCUAACACACUAGAGGCUGGUUUUGGUCCUGGGAAAGGUUUGGGGUGAAUGGGUUGGAAGUAGGGUAUGAAUACAGCUUUGGGAUUUAACUCAGUGGUUCUUCAUUCCUGCUGGUGGCUCCUUGCGGGGCCUCACCACAUGCCUCCUAAUUUGAAGUUUCUGGGUGAAGUUUAGGCAUUUGUCUUUCUCGAUACUCAUGGGUUGCCACAGUGGACAGCCACUGAUUUAAUUCUUGGUCUGAAAUGUGCGGUUCCUAUACUUUUGGUUGCUAUUGUAAGAUUUGAUAAGGUUAGUCUUAAAAAUCCUUUGGCAGGGGGCAUCCAAAUUGGUAAUGAGGAAGUCAAACUGUCUCUGUUUGCUGAUGACAUAAUCAUAAACCUUGAAAACCCUAAAGACUCAUCCAAAAAGCUCCUAGAACUGGUAAAUGAAUUCAGCAAAGCUUCAGGAUACAUAAUUAAUGUAUACAAAUCAGUAGCUUUGCUGUACACCAAUAGCAACCAAGCUGAGAAUCAAAUCAAUAACUCAAUCUCUUUUAUAAUAGCUGCAAAAAAAAUUAAAAUACUUAGGAAUAUACUUAACCAAGGAGGUGAAAGACCUCUACAAUGAAAACUACAAAAUACUGCUGAAAGAAAUCAUAGACAGCACAAAUGGAAACACAUCCCAUGCUCACGCAUGGGUAGAAUCAAUAUUGUGAAAAUGACCAUACUGCCUGUAUUUAGUUUGUUUUCAUGCUCCUGAUAAAGACAUACCCGAGACUGGGAAGAAAAAGAGGUUUAAUUGGACUUACAGUUCCACAUGGCUGGGGAGGUCUCAGAAUCAUGGCGGGAAGUGAAAGGCACUUCUUAUAUGGUGGUGGCAAGAGAAAAUGAGG